AUGGGGGGUGCGGAUUGGGGACCAGUGAUUGUGGCGGUGGCUUUGUUCAUCCUGCUAUCGCCCGGGCUCCUGUUCCAGCUACCUGCAAGAACAAGGGUGGUGGAGUUUGGGAACCUCAGCACGAGCGGGAUAGCCAUUCUGGUCCAUGCCAUCAUUUACUUCUGCAUCAUCACCAUCUUGGUAGUCGCCAUUGGCAUCCAUGUACAUAUUAAUUGA